CACACACACACACACACACACACACACACAGCAUAUUCCCACCCCUCCACCUCUUCACUUUAAAACCAUUUAGUAAGUCAGAGGUCUCUGGUCUAUUGAUGGGAAUCAGUGUCUUCCGGGUUGCGUCCCAAAUGACACCAUGUUCCCUAGGUACAGGAGUGCACUUCAUUUGACCAGGGCUCAUUGUCAUUUGGGAAAUGCCCCUGGUGUGAGUGGAAUUGACUGUUUCCUGUUAUACUGGGAUUCGUCGUCACACAGUGAUGAUGCAAUUACACUGGAACUAGUGAUUGACCAACGGGUGUAGUUAUUUUCCAUCAGGCUUGUGUUCACUAUUCAGCCACUUAAGAUAACGUUGUUACCUCAUCUGCCUCACACCUUCCUCACUCCUCCCUUCUGUGUGUGCUCUCGUUCUCGCUCUCUUUCCUACCUGGUUCACUUUCUCACGGUCUCUCGAGGGAGUAGCAGCUCUGAUCUUUAGCUCCACAGUACCUCGUCUCCUCCAGGACUCCAAAAAGACAGUAUGGAGAAGAGCCAGUAUGGACCCCCGCAGGACGUGUCUGCUCCCCCCUACCCCGGCCUCCCAGCGGGCUACCAGGGAAGUGGCGGGGGAACAGCCUACCCCCCUCAGCCUGGCUUCCAGGGAGGUCUCCAACCCGGCAUGUACCCACCACCUCCCCAAUACGACAUGGGCAUGGCACAACCUACAAACGCCCCCAGCGUAACCCAGGUGGUGGUGAUGCAGCAGCUGCUGCCUAGAGACGUACCCGGCCAGAUGACGUGUCCCCAUUGUCAGGUCCAGGUUCUGACAGAGACCACACACACCACUGGACUGCUCACCUGGGUCAUCUGUGGAGCCCUCGGCUUCUUCCUGUGCUGGCCAUGCUGUUUGAUUCCGUUCUGUGUUGACUCCUGUAAGGACGUAGAACACCGCUGCCCCAACUGCAAGAGAGUGAUCCACAUCCACAAACACAUGUGAACAGACCAAGAUGAGACGCCUGCCACAAAGUGAUCCACAUCCACAACUAGCCCCGGCCCACAGCCACUGCUGCCACAAAGUGAUCCAUACCUUUAUGAAUCCAUUCCAAUACACUAUUAGUCUACACCACUAGUCUACACUACACCACUAGUCUACACUACACCACUACUCUACACCACUAG